AUGGAGCCUGGGAAGAAGAUUAAUGACGUUAUGUCGCUAAAUGAAAUGUUGGGGCGCAAGAAAAAGAUGUUUGAAAUAGGCUUUGUGAUGGACGAUAACUUGGCAAACCGCAACAGUUUGUUCAAGGCAGCCCGGUACGGCGAGAAGGACAGCGACGGCUACAAGGAAAAGAGGGGUGAUAUAGAACAUUCCCGAGAGGGGCGAUACAGGGAGUAUGAUAGGAUUGGCUAUGGAAGCGACAGGGAAAUGAGCAAGUAUUGUGAUGAUAGAGGCGAAAAUGGUUGGUACAGAAACGAUUGCUAUAAGUAUGAUGGUACGGCGCGCAGGUGGGACGGCCGUGCGCUGGCCAAAGAGGAUCAAUCCAGCAAUGUUCGCACCAGAUCAUUCGAGUACGAUGACGAGAGCACCGAUCACGCUGCACAAAGCCAAAGCUCGCGCAGAGAUACGCUGGGAUACGAAAGCGAGGAUGAGGAUGUUGUAAUGGCGAACAUCCUGCUUAGUUUAGCGAAGAAAUAG